ACGUGCGGUGAACAUUUUAUUGAGCGGGUGUCGGAGUGAGGUCAGAAGUGAUCGUCUCAGCCGCGGACUCUGGAGACCAGGAGCUUCGAGACACCAUCCAGCUCCAUGCAGUAAUGGCGACCAUUGUGAUGGAUAGAAUUGGGCGUGUGUUCAUCAGCCUGCAGCAGAUCAGGCAGGUCCCCCGGAUGCUGACUGAGGCGGCCCCCUCCAUGCCCGGCACCAUGAGAGACAACGAGGUUCCCUCCUACUUCCGGGAUCACAACGUCUGCACAGGCUACCGACCGCUCAACCAGAACUGGCGCUACUACUUCCUGUCCUUGUUCCAACGCCACAAUGAGACAAUCAACAUCUGGACUCACCUGCUGGCGUUCUUAGUUUUACUGGUCAAAUUGCAGCAGCUGGUAGAGACCGUGGACUUUGUUGGCGAUCCUCAAUCGUGGCCUCUAUUGAUUCUCAUGCUGUCGUCUUUGAGCUACACUGGCUUCAGUGUACUAGCUCACAUGCUGGGUGGGAAGUCUGAGCUGUGCCACUACAUUUUCUUCUACCUGGACUAUGUCGGGGUAGCACAGUAUCAGUAUGGCAGUGCUGUAGUUCACUUUUAUUAUGCUGUGGAUGAGAGCUUUCACAAACACGUGCGUGGGAUCUUCAUGCCUGUCGCCAGCGUCUUAAGCUGUUUGUCAUGCCUGGGGUGCUGUUAUGGAAAAUACUUCAACCACAGCCGACCAACCUGGGUGCGUAAGGUCUGCCAGGUGCUGCCCUCGACAAUCGCCUACAUGUGGGACACCAGUCCAGUGGCUGUGAGACUCUUUUCCUGGUCCUCAGCCAGCAGUGACUCAGCCGUUCUCUAUCACCUUGGCCAGGUUGUGUUCUUUCUCAGCUGUUCCUUCUUUUUUACCGUCCCCGUUUUCGAGCGUUGCUUCCCUGGACGCUGUGAUUUUGUGGGACAGAGUCACCAGAUUUUCCACGUUUUCCUCUCCUGCUGCACCCUGUGUCAGAUUCAUGCCUCGCAGCUGGACUACGUGGGCCGCAGGGAGCUGUACUCCCGUUUGCAUGGCAGUGGGGAGGCUGCUCUCUUUGUGGGACUCUACGGGGUCACUUUUGUUGUGUGUGGGCUAAUCAGUGGCUUCAUGAUUAGGAAAGUUAAACGAGUGCUUGACUUGAAGACCAAGUCCAAAUAAUGGAUUGAAUGUUUUAGGAACUAUAUGCGAAAGCAUUUAUGUGCCUUCUCCUUCCAGACAAUCUGCCUUAAUAGAAAGGGACCUUAAUAUUUUCAUGCAGUCGCAGAUAACCACAGAAAGACGUAAUGUUAUGGGAUGUUAAGUUUUGAUACUAAUCCUUGUGGAAAAAUUUACCAUAUCAGCAUUUGUCAUGUUUAAGUAAAGGCUGCUGCUUUGAUCAAGAUCAGCUUCUCACAAUGCACAGACUAACUAAAUGUAGAUAUGAUGAAUAGAUGACAAAUAGUUUAACAUUAUAUUUUUUGAUACUACAACACUGUGAUGACAAGGAUGAGCAUCUGCAAUUUGCAAAUAUUGUUAAUAUUUGUUUUUAAUGCAAACAGUGGGCAUAUUGUAGCAAGGCCAAUUAAAGUAUUUUAAAAAAUCGACAAUUAUUGAAAUCGAAGUGGCUAAUCCAUGAUGAAGCGGGCAACUUGGACUGAAGCCAGGGAAUGACUCCCCUGGCUGGGUCGCCCAAGUGGGGCGUCAAAUACCCGAUGACCCGGGGUUCAUCCCUGAGGAUGUGUCCAAGUUGCACUGAUUGGUGUUUCUAUACCUAGGAACCAUUUAAAGGUGCUUUACAACAUUUCCUCUAUGCACAAAAACUACUUCACAUUUGAGGUACAGACACUCUCAUGGGAUAAAAUGAAAUAAAAUCAUCUUAGCUACAUUUUACAGUGUAGGAACAAUGUUACAACGUGCGGUGCCUUUGCCAUUGUGCCUUGAGAGCCCAGUGUUUGCACUUUUAAUGUUAGAUUUAACAUAAGGUCUGUGCUGAUUUAAUAUAGCAUCAGGAACGUACUGUUCGCUACAUGACUGUAGAUUCUUCAGAAAUUGAAGGUUUAGGUUUUAAGUUGCCAUGAUGAGAUGUGUGUCUAUGCUACUCUGAGACAUUUUAUGUUGUUCAAGCACAUGUUUGCUAUAAUAGCUCUUUAAUUUUGAUAGAACUCAAUGCACUGUCUGUAUUUAAGGAAACUGGAUAUUUUAUGAUCAAUUUAAUAUAUGAGGAAAGUCUUAACUUUUAAAAUAUAUUUCUCACUUUAUUCGUGCAGUAUAGACUGUUUUGUAUUAUAUACUGUAUAUUAGGAUGGCAGCAAUCACUGUAUUUUUUUCCAUCAGGCCUUUGUCACUGCAGACGUUGUGAUUUGUACAGUAGGUAAAGCACACAUGUGUUGCUGAUAGUAUAAAUAAUGGCUCUGAUUGUGUGACAAUGAGCCAGUAUGCAUGACACCAGGACCUUAAUACUGAAGCAGAUAAAUAGAAUUUAGCCAUGAUGGAUUUUAUGAUUUACACCCAGGCAUCGACUUCUGUGUCAUGAGCUGAAUUUGGACACACUGACACAGUUGUCAUGCCCUUUGAUGUUGCUUUUUAGCAUGUCCGGUAUUAGCUGUUUGGUUGAGUUGAAGUGUGAUACCAUCUGCUGUCACUGCCAACACUGUAAAGUUUUGCCACUGAAGUGCAAUGAUUCCUGGAAUAGGUUGGGCCGGGAAGGAUCUACCCAUUCCAUACCCUUUUUGGGUUUAGGGAGAUGGGAAGAUGUAUUUGUUUUCACAUUUGUAGAAACCUUGAAAAUAGGACAGACGAGUUGCGCCGCUGUGAUGCAGCCUCCGAUGGAUGCAGCCCCUGAAAUGAGACAAAGCUAACAUGUCUGCUGUGACAAAGGUCUGUUGGAAACCUUUUUGUGGCCUCAGCCAAGAGUUGAGUGUGUGUGUUACAAGAAUGUAGAUAGAGGUACCAUAAUAAUGUAUGUCUGCUACUACUGACCAACAUGUGAAAAUGGAUUGGAAUUGAGUUAAAUAAAGAUUUUUCUCGGACAAA